AACAACACCGCCCCCUGUGCUGGGCUUAUCGGUGCAGGUCCCGCCCUCGGCCAGAGCGUUUCCGGUGAGGAGUCAUGUGACGGGUAGAGCAGCUCCUGACGUACCCACAGCAACAUCUUCAUGGGGAGCCGAGCCGGGGACAGGUAUAGCAGAGCGGCUUGAUGCUGCACAGAACCCCUUACACCCCAUGGAUCCUCUGGGUGCCAGGUCGUGCUUUGUUGAUGCCGACAUUCUCCCGUGCUGGGCUGAUGUAAGUAAUGAAGAAGGAGAAGACGUGCCAGACGGGGGCAGGAAAGAUGUUCCAGACGGAGGGUCCCACUCUCCGUUUCCAUACAGAAAGGAUAUCAAUGAGAAGGUGAUACUGUGGAAAGGUGACGUGGCAUUACUAAACUGCACGGCCUUAGUGAAUACCAGCAAUGAGACGCUUACGGACAAAAACCCGGUUUCGGAUAGUAUAUUCCGCUAUUCCGGGCCUGAGCUGUUGGAGGAGAUGCAGAAGCUUAAAGGAUGCAGGACUGGGGAAGCCAAACUCACAAAGGGGUUUAAUCUGGCAGCACGGUACAUCAUCCACACGGUGGGACCUAAAUACAAGACCAAAUACCGCACGGCUGCUGAAAGCUCCCUCUACAGCUGUUACCGGAACGUUCUUCAACUAGCCAAGGAGCAAGGUAUGGCCUCAGUUGGGUUCUGUGUUAUUACCACCCAAAAGCGAUGUUACCCCCUGGAUGAUGCUACACACAUUGCAUUACGUACAGUACGGCGGUUCCUGGAGGUACAUGGCCAAGCCCUUGAGAAAGUGGUUUUUGCUGUUACAGAAGAAGAGGAGGGAACAUACAGGCAAUUGUUACCCUUGUACUUUCCGCGGUCUCUAGAAGAAGAGCAGAGGUCUAUUCUUCUCCUGCCCCAGGACAUUGGGAAUUCUGAUGGGGAACCUGUGGUGCCGGAGCGUCAAAUCCGUAUUAGUGAGAAACCGGGGGUUCAGGAAGAUCCAGGGCUUCCUAUAGCUGACUACUGCACCCUGUGUGUUACAGAGGACUCUGAAGAGGAGGGGUUGGUGAAGGACCUGUCUGUUAUUGGCUCGCAUGCCUUUGCUCGCAUGGAGGGGGAUGUCGAUAAGCAGCGGCGCCUGGCACUACAGGGGCAACUGUCGGGAGCUGCCAUGCAGAAACAGCACCAGAGGAAUUACAACCGCUGGCUUUCUCGGGCACGGACAGAAGACCUUUCCGACAUUGCUGCACUCAAAGCCUUGUACCAGUCUGGAGUGGAUAACUGUGGCCGCAGUGUCAUGGUGGUAGUAGGAAGGAACAUUCCAGUGUUACUGAUUGACAUGGAGAAGGCUCUCCUGUACUUUAUCCACAUGAUGGACCAUGUUACAGCCAAGGACUACGUGCUGGUUUACUUCCACACCCUCACCGGGGAACACAACCAUCUAGACUCAGAUUUCCUCAAGAAUAUGUACGACAUCAUCGACGUCAAGUAUAAGAAGAAUCUGAAAGCCCUUUAUUUUGUUCACCCCACGUUCCGCUCGAAGGUUUCUACUUGGUUCUUCACUACGUUCACUGUAUCUGGCCUGAAGGACAAGGUGCAUCAGGUGGAGAGUUUACACCAGCUCUUCACUGCCAUCCCUCCCGAGCAGAUAGAGAUUCCUCCCUUUGUCCUGGAUUAUGAUGCCCGGGAAAAUGGGCCCCUCUUCACUUCACAGUCUUCCUUCUUGUCUCUCUGACCUUCUACAUGUGAUUGGGGAGUCACAGCCCCUCACAUUGCUCUUCAACACAGGCUUAUGGGGACUGUCAGGACUCUGGGAGCAAAGCCUCUUGCUCAUGUGGGUGCUGCACCCGUCUGAUCUGGUAGUACCAGUGGAAGGAUGAAUUCACCCAGGCACAUGUGUGGCACCCAGGGGUUCUCCCAUUUUUAUUUAUUCCUCUUUGUGUUGAUAUGUAAAUAAUACCGCAAGCUGCCUGGGCUUCCAGCCUCUUCCUAUGGAGCAACAGUGGAUUAGCCCAGUGCACUCCUACAACAUAUGCCAUCUUCUGAUUGGCUGUGGAUUAUCCAACCCACUCCUGGAAUAAACACCUUCUUCUAAUUGGCUGUGGAAUAUCCAGCAUGCUUCUGGAGUAAACACCCAUUUCUGGUUGGCUGGGGAUUAUUAAAUCUAUUUCUGGGACAUACACCACCUUCUGAUUGACUGUGGAUUAUACCGUCCAUUCCUAGUAUAAUCACUCUCCUGACUGGCUGUGGAUUAUUCCGCCCAUUCCUAGUAUAAUCGCUCUCCUGACUGGCUGUGGAUUAUUCUGUCCAUUCCUGGUAUAAUCAUUCUCCUGGUUGGCUGUGAAUUAUCCAGUCUGUUACUCUCUUCUGAUAAUCAUACCUAGGAAAAAAUACCCUUUUCUGAUUGUGGCUUAUCCAGUCAGAUUUUAUAACGAUCCCCGUUUUUCUUCAGAAGUGGAUUAUCCAUUCCAUUCCUAGAAUAAACCCCUCAAACCCAUUUCAGUCUGUCCUAAAGUUAAGUACCAGCCUCUGAUUGGACUAUCCAGUUUGCUCUCUGAAACACCCUGGUUUUGAUUGGCUGUGGACUAUCCAAACUAUUCUUAAAAUAAACACCCUUAUAAUGUG